AUGGCAUCACAGUUUUUUCAUUCUAAAUACCAUUGUGAAUGCACACUUUCACUUUGCAAGUCUGUCGUAGUAAACAAAGUGUUGUGGAAAUUUCCAAAAUGUUAACUUCUAUGGUUAAAGAAUAUCAAGUUAAACAAGCCAAGCGAAAACAGGAGCAAGAAAUUCGACGCAAAGACGUUAUUGAAUCAUCAAAUGAGUUAACACAGGCCAUUGUAGACCACUUAAAUGUUGGUGUGGCACAAGCAUACUUGAAUCAGAAACGUUUGGAUGCCGAGGCAAAGCAGUUGCACGUCGGCGCUACCAACUUUGCCAAACAGACGCAGCAGUGGCUGCAAUUGAUUGAUAAUUUCAGUAGUGCAUUGAAGGAGCUGGGUGAUGUGGAGAAUUGGGCACGUAGCAUAGAGAGUGAUAUGCAAGUCAUACAAAACACACUGGAGAUAGCGUAUAAGACCUCUAGGCAAACACAACAACACAAUGCUAGCAAAUAACUGUGAAAACUUUUAUUUGCAAAUAUAAGUUAUAUUAAAGCAGUGAUGUUUUUUUUUUUUCUUCCAAGGAAAUAGAAAACGUCAUUUGGACUAUUACAGUUAUACAUUGUAAAAUAUUUCCAAUUACGAUUUCAAAAUUAUCCCUGUAAAUAAUACAUACAGAAAUCAAAAUUCAUUA